CCCUCCGUGCUGCGCUGCUUCCCUCCUUCUAGCUUUCGGCGCAGCGGGCUGUUGCGCUGCGGCCCAGGUGAGUGGGGGCCGUGGCCUUGGGCUUCUGAGUCCGCACCCAGCUGCCAUCGGACGGACCGGAGAGGAGGGACCUCCGCGGGAAGCAAGCGGAGCCGGCUGUGCACAGCACGCGGUGGAUCCGGGCUGGUCCCCGCUCCUGCCCCUGGGAUCCCGGAGGGGCAGAAGAGGAGGAUCUGGCCAAAGCAACGUGUCUUCUGGAAAGGGCGUGUGGGCCCUCCUUCCACUUCGUGAGAGAAGGAAUGGAGCGAUGACGUUGUGCUGUCGGUACUACCUGGUGCCGCGGGCGGUCCCCUGAGGACGCUUUGUGCCUAAAAUCCCCGAUCUCCUCCAUUGUUUCAUUGUGCUGAAGAGGAAACAUUUAGGAGAAACUUUUAACUUGGCACUAUGGGGAUACAUGGAUUGCUGCAAUUUAUCAAAGAAGCUUCUGAACCUAUCCACAUGAGGAAGUAUAAAGGGCAGGUGGUCGCUGUGGAUACAUAUUGCUGGCUUCACAAAGGAGCUGUUGCUUGUGCAGAAAAGCUAGCCAAAGGUGAACCUACUGAUAAGUAUGUAGGAUUUUGUAUGAAAUUUGUAAAUAUGUUACUGUCUCAUGGGAUCAAGCCUAUCCUGGUAUUUGAUGGAUGUACUUUACCUUCUAAAAAGGAAGUGGAAAAAUCUAGAAGAGAAAGACGACAAGCCAAUCUCCUUAAGGGAAAGCAGCUUCUUCGUGAAGGGAAGGUCUCAGAAGCCAGAGAAUGUUUCACACGUUCUAUCAAUAUCACACAUACUAUGGCCCACAACGUAAUUAAAGCUGCUCGGUCUCAGGGAGUAGAUUGUCUUGUGGCUCCAUAUGAAGCGGAUGCACAGCUGGCCUAUCUUAACAAGGCUGGCAUUGUACAAGCUGUCAUUACGGAGGACUCUGAUCUUCUUGCUUUUGGCUGUAAAAAGGUUAUUUUAAAAAUGGACCAGUUUGGAAAUGGACUAGAAGUUGAUCAGGCUCGUCUGGGAAUGUGCAAACAGCUUGGGGAUGUGUUCACAGAAGAGAAGUUCCGUUACAUGUGCAUUCUUUCAGGCUGUGACUAUCUUUCAUCACUGCGUGGGAUUGGAUUAGCUAAGGCCUGCAAACUACUAAGACUAGCCAACAAUCCAGAUAUUUUAAAGGUCAUCAGGAAAAUUGGACAUUAUCUCAAGAUGAACAUAACAGUACCAGAAGAUUACAUCAAAGGAUUUAUUCGGGCCAACAAUACCUUCCUCUAUCAGCUAGUUUUUGAUCCCAUCGAAAGGAAACUCAUCCCUCUGAAUGCCUAUGAAGAUGAUGUUGAUCCCAAAACACUAAGCUAUGCUGGGCAAUAUGUUGAUGAUUCCAUAGCUCUUCAAAUAGCACUUGGGAAUAAAGAUAUAAAUACUCUCGAGCAGAUUGAUGACUACAAUCCAGACACUGCCAUGCUUGCCCAAUCAAGAAGUCAUAGUUGGACUGACAGAGCAUGUCAAAAAUCAUCUAAUAUUAAUAGCAUUUGGCAUAGGAAUUAUUGCCCUAGACGUGAACUGGAUAUUGUUUCAGAUACUACAAAGGUGAAGGAAAAUCCAAGUACUGUGGGCAUUAAACAAGUGAUUAGUACUAAAGGGUUAAAUCUUCCAAGGAAGUCAUCCAUUGUAAAAAGACCAAGAAGUGAAGAGCUGUCAGAAGAUGAUAUGAUGGAUCAAUAUUCUACUUCCUUUACAAAGAAGAUCAAGAAAAAUAGUUGUGAAGGUAAUAAGUCAUUGAACUCUUCUGAACUAUUUAUGCCUGACCUGGUAGAUGGAACUACUAUUAAAAAAAGCUUAAGCACACCACCUACGACAAGAAACAAAUUUGCAACGUUUUUACAGAGAAAAAAUGAAGAAAGUGGUGCAGUUGUGGUUCCAGGCACCAGAAGCAGGUUUUUUUCCAAUUCUCUGGAUUCUGCUGACUGUAUAUCAAAGAAAGCAAGCAGCCAGCCUCUAGCUGAAACUGCUGUCACAGAUAAAGAAACCGAUGCAGGUGAACCAGAUUGUCUAGAGGACAAGAAGUUGGGUGAUACCAGUGUAUCACAUAAUUCCAGUGAGCAGACGCCAGAUGGUGUGACUGUGAUGGCUGAAGAGUCUCAGUCUUUUAAGACCAGCGCGUUCACGAGGACCAUCUCACCACCCACCUUGGGGACACUAAGAAGUUGUUUCAGUUGGUCUGGAAGUCUUGGAGAUAUUUCAAGAACUCCAAGCCCCUCUCCAAGCACAGCAUUGCAGCAGUUCCGUAGAAAGAGUGAUUCUUCCACCUCUCUGCCUGAGAAUAUUGAGAUGUCUGAUGUAGCUCCGUUAAAGAGUGAUGAGUCAAGUGAUGAAUCACAUCCCUUACAUGACGUGGGUUGCUCUUCACAGUCUCAGGAAAGCAUGGACUUGUCACCACACAAUUUAAAUGCAUCAAAACUUUCUCAGCCUUCUAGUAAGGAUUCAGAUUCAGAGGAAUCUGAUUGCAAUUUUAAGUCACUUGAUAAACAAGGUAAUCAGAAAUCCAAGCUACACUUGUUUCAGUUUUCGAAGAAAGACACGCUUCUAAGAAACAAGAUUCCUGGGCUGUAUAAAUCCAGUUCUGUGGACAGUCUUUCUACAACCAAGAUCAAACCUUUAGUACCUGCCAGAGCCAGUGGGCUGAGCAAGAAGCCAUCAAGCAUCCAUAAGAGAAAUCAUCACAAUGCCGAAAACAAGCCAGGACUGCAGAUCAAAAUCAAUGAACUCUGGAAAAAUUUUGUAUUUAAAAAAGAUUCUGAAAAGCUUCCUUCUUGUAAGAAGCCAGAUCCCCUGUCUCCAGUCAAAGAUAACAUCCAGCUAACUCCAGAAGAAGAGGAUAUAUUUAACAAUUCUGAAUGUAUGCUUGUUCAGAGAGCACUAUUCCAGUAAACGCAAGCAGCUGGGAGACUGUUGCCUGCAAGAGAAUCUCUAUCAAUUUCAAGUCCUGUUUGGAAAUGAGGCCAUUCUGAAAGAUUUGUUCUUAGAUCUAUGCUAUUUAUUUUAAAUAGAACACAAUUUUUUAUAAUAAUUUUGCAACUGUUCUUGUUUGGCUUUUUAUAUUUUUAUAAGAAGCUAACUAGAGAAAUAAUUUUGGAAAAUCUACUCUACGGCUUUCCCUGUGGUCCAGCGGCUAAGACUCCUUGCACCCAAUGCAGGGGACCUGAGUUCGACCCCUGAUCAGGAAACUAGAUCCCACUUGCUACAACUAAGGGUCCCCAUGCUGCAACUAGGACCCAGUACGGCCAAAAUAAAUAGUUUUAAAACAAAAAUCUAUUCUAAAGAUUUCUAUAAUGUUGUCAAAUACAUAGAUGGUAAAUGGAAGACUACAAUUCUGUAAUCAUUUUAUACUGUAAGAAAUUACUAUACUUUUCCAUGCUUUCAUUUUUUUUCACCUGUCUUUCCUGUCUUUCAGGGUUGAAUUGGAAAUACAGUUGCUGGGAUGGGAGGGGUUGUUGGAAGGGUUAAAGAUCAUUGCAUAAAUGGGACAGUCCUCUGUUAUCCCUGAAGAGUUUCGUAGGUUACAGAUUGACAGUGAAGGACAAUUGCUUUCGGCAUCAUAUGAAAGGAACUACUUACAUCAUUCAUAUUCUUAAGCUUCCAAAGUAGCCUGUUUCUCUUGUAUAUCUUUUUUGAAGUGUAAGCUAAAAAUUCCUUAGCUUAUAUUUAAAAAUUAUGUCCUAGGUGUGAUGUAAGAUAUUACUACUAAAGCUACAGAAUCGAUGAUUUGUCCAUACUCUGCAAAGAAAUAGAUGGGAACUAAAACCAGGUAUGCAAGUGAAGAUCUGAAGUAAGGAAGUGAAGUGACAAUCUGACCAGAAGUAAAACAAUUGUAAAAGUGUCUGAGAUAUAGAGGAUAAAUGAAAGGGAUUCAGAGCAGUUUAAUUUUUAAGUGAGACUUAGUAGAGGACUUGGAUAAAGAGUCCAAGUGGAAAAAAACAUAAUAUUUUAAGAAACAGCAUAAAAAUUUUCAAUGGAGACAAUUUUUUUUCUCAAAAUCUGGAAAAGGCUAUACAAAGAACAAAAGCAAAACUGAACUUUCUGUGAAUGUUUCGUGUUACAGAACAAAUUAAGAAAGGGAAGAUGGCAACAGUGCUGUAGUUUUUCAGUCUCCGAACCCCCACAUUACCGCAACUGGGUGACAAAAGUCAAAACACCAAUGAACAACAUUACAACAAAUUCAGAUGGCGUCAUAUAUUUAAAUCCCAAACUGUAAGUAGGUGAAGACAAACCACCAGCAGCCACAAGACUGCAAGGUGGUACUGACAUCUGUAUGGGAGAAGCAGAGAAUGGCAAUAGGGCACUAAUGGACAUGAGAACAGAACUUAUACAGAAUAAUUGUUGAAGCACAGAGCGGACCAAGUUGCGAACAGCAUUUAAAACUGUUAUGCAAUCCAAUGGUAAGUGAGUGCAAGAGGCCUGCAGUUAUAUCUGAAGGACUGAAGCAAUGCAGUCCAUAUGAACUUUUGAAAUGAUUUACCGUAUUUGCCAAGGCUCCCUUCUAGGGGAACAGGGUCCCCCACAGAAGAGAAACUGCUGGCAAGUAAAACAAAAGCUUGAGUGGGAAAGAGACAGUAGACACAAAGCAAGAGGAAUAGUUGACCAAGAAAUCUCGGGAGAAUACUGUCUGAGCAUACUUUUUGAACACUGAAAAAGCAACAAGAGCAGCAAAACAGCUGAGAAGCUCCCAUGAGCCAUGCCUGCUCAAAGUUUAGGAGAUUUAUUUUUACUUAGAAAGAAACUACAGAAAAAUGUUUCAGUCACUCCUUUACAAAACUGAUUUAAAGAGUCAAGCAGUAUAACAUCUCUAUAAAUAAUGAAAAUCUACCAGAAAGGCCCACUGAGCCAAUCAAAACCAGUGUGUUUGAAAAUGUGCUAAAAGUUAAAUAAAUGCUAUAGAAUAUGAAGGAAAUUUAGAACUGGAAAAAGUCAGAGGGGAAAAAAAAGGCAAGCUCAGGAGAGCAUUAGAAAUAAAAAUUUCAGAAAUUAAAGCUAGAAGGAACACAAAUAAUCAUACAGAUAGAUGAUGCCUUAAAUAGGUAAAAAAAAAAAAAAUGGAAAAAACACCUUAAAAGAUUAGCAAGUCACAGAUAUUGAAGAUGGAGCAGAAGGUCCAAUAUACAGAUAAUAAGAGUCUCUGAAGAAAAAACAACCUAUAAUUUCAGAAAAUUUUUAAAUUUUAAGAUUUGAAACAAUAUUUUUAAAAUGCACUCUUACACCCAGGAUUAUUGAUCCAAAAUAGCUAACACCAAGACGUAAGCAACAAGUUACUUUAAAGAAGGAAAAAUCCUCUGGGUAGGCAAGGACAGUGGGUGACAUGUAAGAAUAAUAAUGAGAUUUUUCCACAAUUAUUCUUUAUACCUGAAGAAAUUGAGUAAUGUAUUAAAGAUACUCAAGGGAAAAUGUAAGCAAAGGAUUGUAUAUUCAACAAAAUCAACUUUAAAGUAUCUAGAAUACAAACAUCUAUCAAACAAGAAUUUGGAAAUUAUUGCUCACUUAAGCUCUUCCUGAGAAAUCAGAAAAUAACCAAAAUAACUGGAGAAAUAGCACCAUAAAGAUUGAUGAUGACCAUCAAACAUAGUGACUUGUGCAGCUAAAAAUGAGGGCUAAAAGGGAAAUAUGAUAUGCAAUGACUGUGCCCAGAUGACAUAGUACACCUACAGAGAAUAGACUGUAUGUAAAACAUUUGGUUUAGUUUGAAGUAGUCUGAUAAUUGUUAUUUUAGGACUAUUUGUAUAUAAUGUGGGAUAGGGUAAAUGAGUAUUUGUGGGAUAUUUUAAUUCAUCCCCAAUUUUCUUGAGAACCAAGAUACUUCCCCACCCCUAAGAUUCUUAAUGUCUAGGAAAAAGGAGAUUAAGACAAAAUACAGAACAGCUUAAUUUUUUUUUAAUGUAGUUAUAAACGAGUUGGAAGUACUGGUAAACUUAUGAAUGUAUAUACGUGUAUGUGUACCUACAUAUAGCUUCCCUGGUAGCUUAAAUGGUAAAGCAUCUGCCUACAAAGCGGAAGACCUACCCACACGUACUAAAGAGACCCAGAAAAAAGUAACCAAUCCUGUACCAAUGAGCAUCCCAAUCACUAGUCUUAAUAUACCACUUUACUGAAAGAAAUGAGAGCUUGGAAAAGAUGUAUAAAAGGCAAGCCUAGGAUAUCUUGUUAAAACAGAAGCCUUUAGUGAGUAAUAUGUAAUUUCAAAAACG